UGGGGAGAAGCGAAAAGGCGCCGGAGCUGCCCCGGGGGCUGCGGCGGUAGCGAAAGCUCGCGAGUCGGGGAGCACGUGGGGGAGACGCGGGCCUGUCCACGUGUGGCGAGAUGGCAACUCGUGGAUGGCAGGGUGGCCGGGGAGGACGUGGGGGCUUCGGAGACCGGGGCGGUGGAGGUGGCUACCGAGGGAGAGGCGGUGGCGGUGGCUUUGGUGGACGAGGAGGAGGUGGAGGAUUCAGGGGGAGGGGUCGUGGAGGAUUCAACAACUAUGACCAGGGACCACCCGAGGAGGUUAUUGAAGUGGGACAUUAUAUGCACCCGUGUGAAGAUGACCUUGUCGUCAAGUGCACCACGCACGAGAACAAGGUGCCCUACUUCAACGCCCCCAUCUACCUGGAGAACAAGGAGCAAGUGGGCAAGGUGGACGAGAUCUUCGGGCAGCUGCGGGAUUUCUAUUUCUCCGUCAAACUGUCGCAGAACAUGAAGGCAAAUUCCUUCAACAAGCUUCAGAAGCUCUUCAUCGAUCCGGCCAAGCUGCUGCCUCUGCAGCGCUUCCUCCCGCGACCGGGGGGCGAGCGCGGAGCGCGGGGAGGUGCCGGCGGUGGCCGAGGCUUCAGAGGCGGUCGGGGAGGAGGCCGAGGAGGAGCAGGUGGCUUCCGCGGGCGAGGCCGUGGUGGCGGUGGCGGAGGCUUCCGUGGCGGCGGACGCGGUGGAUUCGGGGGCGGCCGAGGGUUCCGGGGCGGAAGUCGAGGAAGAUAAAGCGGACCCACGCACAUCAGGGAGGGGGUGGGGGGGGGGGCACAUCGCCGCCUCUGCUCCCGCCCGACUUGGUGGCCUGCAGCCCUCCCCUCCUCCCUCUUCGCUUUUCCCCCCCGUCGACCGCCACCGUUGGCGUUCGGCGAGUCCUUGCCGUGACACGGUGGGGGAGGGGGGGAUGGUCUCUCGCUCCUCCGACCUCUUGUCGACGAGCGAACGAACGUUCACACGGGGGCCCGAGGUGGUUUUGUUUUUUAACGUGUUGAGGUUGCCGCGACCGUUUGACCCCCGCCCUACCCCGCCCCGGAAACUGCCGCGCGCAUCUUAAAUUAAGUAUCGUGCCGUGUAUAAAUAUUCUUGCUCAUCGCCGUCACAGAAUGCUCUCCUAUCCAUUUACUGCGAACUUUAAACCAACAAUAAAAAUAAAUCGUGAUGUUUUGAACCUUUUGUUUGCCUUUAACAGUGCCGAACUUGUAAAUUGGAGCAUCCUUUUUCUGUCUGUAUAUACUUUAGCGGCAGUGCUCGAAGCUACCCGGAUGCGACAGCCGAAACGACCGAGUUCAGAUAAGCAGAGGGUUCCUUUGACGCACUGCCUGUGCUGCGUUCGUCCGUGUCUGAGCAGCUUUAGUGGGUGAUUUUCCCCAUCGUGUACCCGUGGUGCGAUUCACUGGUAGCAGCAUACCUAUACCACCACACCCGUCGUGUUGCUGUGGCCAUCGACCAGACUUUCAAUCCAGAGGUUGCCGCUUCGAUUCAGUCUCUCGGCACGGCAGUUUGAAACGAUUAGCGAGAGUUUAUUAAAAUCUGCACCCCCCCCCCCCCCCCCCCCAUCAAGAUCUGUCCACCCAACAGCAUAAAUGGAUUCACCAUGUUUUAGUGGGGUAAAGUGUGGGUGUACUACCUUCUCUUCCAAGACCUCUUGCCUGAGUAGAAGAGUAGGCCAGAAUAUAUCCACAAGGUGGGGGGGGGGGGCGGUGCUCCAGAGCCUCCCUCUGACGACGGAGGGCCUCCUAUCCUAAUAAAGAAUUUUUAAAAAAACAAUGAGGCCUCCUAUCCUGCCAGCAGUGAUAUAGGUAGGGGGAAGGCUGCACCUUUACCAGCGUCUUAAGUCACCGGUUCUUAACUUUUUCUGCAGCCUGCACCCCUUUGGUUCUCAAUCGUAAAAACAAAUGUAUAAUGUUAAUACACACAGGUUUGAUCAAACUAAGUAGUUGCGCUUGCGUGCCCGCGCGUAAUUCGUGUUUUUAAUGAUGAUUUGCCUUUUGAAAAAAUCUGACCAUGUUUCACACACCACCAGAAAGAGCAUCUCGCACCCCCAGGAGGUGUUUGCACCCCAGGUUAAGAACCACCACUGCGGCUUGGUGGUGGGUGACCUGUGGGCCGCGUGAGUCCCGUGGAGCCCUUCCUCGCGAUGCCUCUUGGUCUCGGCGUGUCGCUAGGGGGGUGAUGCGUGGGGUCCCGAUUAGCGCCCACACACAAUGUCAGGCUUGCGGCCGCACCGAGGUGAAGGAGGGAUGCUCGUGUGGCCCACCGACUCGUCUGGGUUGCCCCUCGGAUGUGUUUAAUGGCUUCACCCCUUUCCCGUUCCCGAUGACGUACGUGCGUAUAUUUGGCACUCCCCUCGUAUGUGUACGUCAUCGGUGUUUCUUUUUUCGAUGACGUGCGUUUACGUCAUUGGAACGAAAUCGUAAGUAAUAAAAGGACACGCGGGAAGGGGCGUGUGGCACAGUUUGUCGCCGGCUAUCGUAGAGUGGCGGUCGUGUCGCGGUUCUCUGCGGGUGAGUGCAGUGUCUUGAAAAGCAGCGGCGCUAUGCUUCUCUAAAAUUAUCGCUCGCCAGUUGCGCGUUCCGAGGUUUGGCGGUGAACGGGACACCCACGCUGCAACUUGCAGGCGUCUCAGAACGGGAAAGGUUUAAUUUUUACGAGUAGGUGAGCAGGAUGGGUAUUCAGAGAGCUGGAACCUGGUGGUCCGCAUGUGCAGAUGUUUCUGCUGUUCGGAGCAAAUUGUAUCUUCGUUUCUUGGCACACUUUUUUAUUCGGUACAUGAACACAACGGUGCUGGAAAAAUCCAACUUUUUCAAGGUCCCCUCCUUUCAUCCAUUGCAUUUCCAUGCCCCUCUCAAGGUAGCCGUGCAUCGCCUUCAGGUUUUCUUUUUUUUGUUGGAAAGUGGAGAGGGCGAAUGUUAUUUUAAUCUUUUGAAAUAAAAGAAUCACAAAAGGU